AUGACUACUGCCAUGAGUACUGUGACUGCCGGUGGUGUAGCUGGACUCGCUGGUGCGGUGGCUGGCCUCCCUGGUAUUGGUGAUGUACCAGGAGUCGCAGCAAGUGCUGGAGGUGUUUAUGGAGCAGACGUCGCUGGUGGUACACCAAGUGCAGGCAUGGCGCCUGGCGUCGGAGUUCCGACUGUGCCUAACCUAAAUGCAACUGGAGGUGGCUACAAUUCCGGUGGCUUCAACUUUGGUGUAUUUCCGCCUGGAGUUCGAUUUGGCUACCCUCGCGCAGAAAUACCAGAAAAAAGGAUAAUGUGCCGCGAGUGA